AUGAAGCUGGAUUGUCUUAAAGUUAUCAUUGAUGUUAAUCUUAAAGAGUUCAGUAAUGAUGCUACCUUGGACUCCAUAAUAACAAAAUUUGAUAUGAAUGUUUCUGGAAAUCCUACACUUUCAUCAAGGCUUGAGUGUUUAAUCAGUGAUUAUGGCUUAUUAGAACAGUUGAAAGUGACAUGCCUAGAGCUGCAUCAUAAUCAUCUUCUCUGUCGGAGAUGUAAUUUUGCCUAUUCGGAUGAUAAGCUGGCUUUGUCAUUUGAAGAUAUAUCUCAUUUGCUAAGUUUGGAAAGGCUGAACAGAGAUAAUAUCAUGAUAAUUACAAACAGCAUUCUUAUAAAGGAAUCUUUGGAGUAUCAGCAGUACCUGAAGACAUUUGUGUCUGCAUUUGUGCCUCAAAAAACAAUUGAAUUUAUCUUUUGCAGUUCGUCAAACUGCGGCAUUGGAGCUGCUUUAUCUGCUGCUACAUCUUUAUAUUUUAACAAAACAAACCCCGGUGCUUAUCUUCUUCAGCUGCAAGAUAAUUUAAAAGGAGGAAAAAAGUAUUUUUCUGUUCAACAGUUUCUUGAUUUAUUGAAAAUUCCAGACAUUUUCAAUGAAGCAAUCAUAUUAGCUCAAGAUUACAAAGAAAAAAUGAAUUUUGAUGCUCCUUUAUCAGUUGUUUGGGUUUUCUAUGUUAUGAAUGAUGAUUUUACAAGUGCAGAGGAGUUAUUUCAGAAAUAUCCUGUUUCAUUGAAGAAGGUGCAUAUCUUAGUGUGCAGAAAAAUUCUUUCCUCUGAAAACAUACGUUUCGGGAAAAGGUACUUAUAUUUUAUUAACAAAUAUGAAGUUGAGCCUUGCGUAAAGGAAAGUGCUUAUAGAACUUUACUUGACUUAUUAUUUUAUAAAAGCAUGUAUACUGACGCUGCUAAAUUGGUACAAGAAUGCCUUGGAAAUAAUAUUCCUCUGAAGAAACUUAAUCAAAGAACUUUGCAAAUGCUUCAAGAGUUUCUAGCCAAAGAGGCUAUGGAAAAUGGUACUGAGCAGUCCUUUACAUUUGCUAUUGAAGAUAUUCAGAGAUCUAGCUCGGAUUCUGAUGAUGGAGAAAAUUUUGAAAAAUAGCUUUGAAGUUAUAAGGACUAAGAUGAAUAUGUGUUUUCUAGAAUUCUAGAGAUUUUGUUUAAGGGAUAUUUAACAUAGAAUGUCCUAUUAUUCAUAAGUGUAUUCUAAAUUUAAUGUUUCAUUGUAA